CGUCGUUAGCGAUUCAGAUGUUUACUCUGUUUUUAUCUCAGGAAGAAAAGGAAAGACUCUCUCUCUUGAGCGAUUCACCAGCGUAAGAUCAGAUGGCAGCACCUUUCACGUUGAGGAAGAUCGGAGUUCCGCCGAACUCAGCUAACCUGACGGAGGCUCGCCGCCGUGUUUUCGAUUUCUUCAGAGCUGCGUGUAGAUCCCUCCCCACCGUAAUGGACAUUUACAAUCUACAAGAUGUCGUCGCGCCUUCUCAGCUCCGCUUUGCGAUCUCUGCUCAGAUUCGUAAUAACGCUCACGUCACCGAUCCUAAGGUAAUUGAUCUUCUGUUAUUCAAGGGAAUGGAAGAGCUUACUGACAUUGUGGAUCACGCAAAGCAGCGUCACCACAUUAUUGGUCAGUACGUGGUGGGUGAAGGGCUCGUCCAGAAUACUGGAAGCAAGGAUCGAGGGAAGUCUGAUUUUCUCAAGAACUUCUACACCAGCAACUACUUUUGAGCUGGUGAUUGUUUUUCUCUACUGGAUUUACCAAAUUCAAGAAUAAUUAGACAUUUUCAUUUGUAUUAAUUUCGCCAAACAUUCAAGUUUUAUCUGUGACAGUGUUAGCUGCGCAAACAAUGCUAUGAUUUCAAGGUACAUAAUCAGCUCUCUUUUCUUUCCAACUCUUAA